AUGGCGGUUGGAUGGUUCCCCUGCCCAGAUGAGGAGACAUCCGAAUCGAAAGGCUGUCCGAACCCUAUGCCCAGGGACCCUGAGCCCUGCGAUGUUGCCGGUCCCACGUUUGCAGACGGCGUCUCGCGGCUGCCCCAAGCUGCUGUCAAGGUGGCCGUUGCGAGCACAAUGAGCGCAGGCUUCUGGGAGCUUCCUGGGAACGUGUCCUUGGGUGAAAAGAGGGGCAGAGGGGAGCUUCCUGGGCAGGCUCUCUCAUUGAUGUUUUUUCUCCGGCUGGGAGCGCUGGUCACAGCAGCCAUCGGCAUGUUCCGAAGAUGA